AUGAACAAGUGUAGUACUUUGGCUAUUUGUGUGCUAAUAUAUUCCUAUUUCACCAUAAUUCUAUUCAUUGAUAUUAAUAAUGUUACUGCUAAAGAAUCAUUGUUUGUUAAAUUUAUUGACAAGCUUACAUUGAGGCCUUUAAAAAUAUUUUCCAGUGUAGAUUUUAUUUUAGAUAAAUCGUGUAAAAUCUAUCCUGAAAAAUAUUUUAAAUCCCCUAAUAUUAUAUUGAAUUGCGGGUUGAAAGAAGAUGAAUACGUGACAAUAACAUUUAAUAGAAUGGAUAAAGGUGUCGAUGUUUAUCAAAAUGAUAAUAGAAUUGGGGAAAUAUAUAUUAAACUUGAUGAAAAUGCUAAAGUAGAUAUUUGUACAGAUGAGUAUGAUGUUAAAAACAAUGCAGCUAAAGCUUGUAGGUCUAUUGUAUUUUGGGUUAUAAAUGAAUAUGAAGCAUUUCAUAAGGAUUUUGUCGGUUAUGAUGAAGUAAAUUUUAAUGAUAAUCACCUUUUAGAUUUUAUAGAUGGAUCAAAUGGAAAUGAUAGUGAUAUCGUUCCAUUCAGUGAUAUGGAUAGUGCAAGUAUUCAUUGUGUUAUUUUAGAAAAAAAAUUGGACGGAAAAAGUAGUAAAAUUUUACUUUCUCCAAUUGAUGGUGUGAUAAAGGUAAACAUUAAAUUUGGUUCUAAAUUGAUACUACAUCUGCCUCAGUAUCAACGUAGGUGUAGUAAUAUUUUAGAAGAAAUAAACCAUAACUCUAAAAAUCCUUCUAUAAUAUAUUUUAUUGAUUCUAAAAGAUUGGGGUUUGGUCCAUUGUCAAUAGAUAUUUCGUCGCCUGAGCUAAUUAAUGUUGGAAAGGAUGUUGAAGGUAAAUUGCAUUCAUAUUUAGAAACAAUGCGUUCAUUUUUUCUUAGUACAUUAAAUAAGAACAGUAAUAAACGAGGGUUUGUUUUGUUUAUAUUUAAUUAUAGUGAAAAUAAACUUCUUGACAAUGAUUGUUUGGAAAUGUUAGUGGAUGACACUGUGGCAAAGGGAAUUGUAACCGAACAAAAGGAUUUUAAAUUGCCAUCAAAUGUGUUUAAAUGUUUUUAUAAUGAGAAAUACACUGAUACUAACGUUAAAAAUGUUUCAAUUGACAUUAUAAAUUCUGAUGGAAUGAUGUUAUAUGUGAUGAAAUUAAUAGAUAAAAAUAACAUGUUUCUCUAUCUCAACGGUAGACUAUAUUAUUAUUUAGACAAAUUACAAGAAAAUGGAUUUUAUCAGCACCAAAUAUUUUUAAACCCUGGUCAAAAAAAAUCAGUAAAAUAUAUUGUUAAGAAUAGAGAAGGCUUAGUAUUAUCUAAAAUUGAAUUGACUUUUUCAAGGUAUAUUCACAUUGCAUUUAGGGAUAUGUGUCACAGAUACGUUCAUCACUUAAGUGUUUUGAUUAAAUAUUUAACAUUUUCUGCAAUUUUGAUAGACUUAAAAGGAGUCAUGGAUUUGUGGUUAUUCAAUAAAUUAGUAUCUUCGAUUAAAGGUAUUUUUGGUUCAAUAUUAGAUAUACCUAACGAAUUCUCACUAAUUUCUGGACAUAAUAAUAUUAUUAAAAAAUAUGAGAUUGUACCUAAAUUAUUUUCAUUAAUAACAAUUGGUAAGACGCAUAUUUAUACAGAUAAGAAUAACUCAUUCGAAGAAUCUUAUAUCAAUUAUAUAUAUGAUUCUCUAUAUGCAUUCAUCUCGGCAAUUAUAGUUAAUCUUAUAACAUUAUUGUUAUUAUUUAUUGUAAAAAUUAUCAAAAUUAAUAAAAGAUAUAAUAAGUAUUGUUAUACUAAAAUUACGGAAGCACUUGUUUCGAUAAUUCCAUAUACAUUAAUAUUUACUUUAUCCAAUUCAUUAAAUAUAAUAAGUAUGACUAAAUUUAAUAUUUUGGUUAAUGAAGUGUUUAUUUCACACAAUAUUUUGAAAGUAUUUUCAGUUCUGUGUAUUAUCACUUCAUUACUGAUUUAUAAAAUGGUCAGCCAUUUUAAUCGCAAUAUUAUGGAUGGAAUAUUUACUUACAGUCCAUGGAAAGAUUGUAAUUAUGUAUUGAAAUCCCCAGAAUUUCCAUAUUUUAAGACAAUACAAUGGCCACUUCAAACUAUCGGAGAGACAAAUAUAAUAAAAAUAGGGAAAGGAAAAAAUUAUUUUUUAAUCGAAUAUAAAUUAGAUAUUCCACAUAGAAAGGGAAUUGAUAGUGAUUUAUAUCACCUUUCAAUAAUUUCAGCAACAUUUAAUAAAUUCAAUGAUCCUAAUUUAAGUAUUCAAAUGAAUGAAGAGCGUAUGUCGAUUUUAAACACUCCUGCUGCAUGGAUAAAAACGAAUAUGCCUGGAACGAAAACUGUUCAUAACAAUGAAUUAAUUACAAAUAUUAGUCUGUCUGAUCUUUUUAUAUUAUCUAUUCGUGGAUACAAUGAAAAAUUUUAUAUACACCAUUCGCAAACAUUAUCAAAUAAAUCAACGUGUUCAAUAUCAUAUGUAUUCACGGCCGUUUUACUAAUUUCAUACUCUAAUUUGGCUCCGGAUAUGUAUUUCAAGAAUUCUAAAAUUGUUGUAUAUAUUAUAUGUGUUAUUGUAUUAAAAUUAAAUGAUUUUAGAAGAUCAAAGAAUCAUAAAUUUCAAAAUGAAUGGUUCAAGUUUAACGUCUAUAGAUCGAGCUUGGUUGAUUUAUCUUCUUAUGGAAUUUUAAUCGGAUUAUGUAUUCUGAAAAUUUUGAUAAGUGUUAAUAUAGAUCCAAAGACAAAUUUAAUGAAAGGACUUAGUAUAAUGUCCUCAUUGAUAAUGUUUUCAUCAAUAAUUCCAAGUAUCGUCAUGGUAUGUAUAUGGGCAACAAAUAUGAUAGUAUAUUAUAGUAAAGUGUGUAAUAACAUUGUUAAUUUAUCAUUAUCAUAUAUAAAAAUCAAUAUUUCUUUACCAAAAACGGCGAAAAAAAUUAUUGAUAGCGAAAGUGGUUUAGAAAGAAAUAAUAUUAACAAUGUACUUGACUAUAACGAAAAUGGUUUUGAAUCCGCUCAUACUGAUCAACUUGCAUGCUAUAUUGAAAACAACAAUUCCGAAUCUAGCUUGAUAUAUAAUGCUAUAUUCAACGCAGCAAAGCCUGUAGUGGAAUUAGACGUAUUAAGAUUUACAUUCCUAUACAAUAAUAUACCAAUAUCACUCAAUGCUUGUUAUAUCCCACUUAAACAAUAUAAAAAGUUACUAUAUUAUUUUGGAGAAUUAUGUGACUUACCAAAGGGAAUUGAAAUAAUUAAUAAUUCAAAUUUAACUAUUUGCCCAGCGGAAGAGUUUAAUGUAGAUGCAGAUUUGACGAAUUUUUUUGCUACUAUUGAAAUUUCAAGACCCCUCCAAAUAUCAAAUUCACUACCAAAUAUACAUAAUAAUUGUUUAUCAUUGGAUAUAAAACCACCAGGAAUUCCGCGUGAAGAAGGAAACAAAUUAUAUGAUGUUAAUUAUGAUGAUACAAAUCACAUGCUGAUAAUCACAGGCCCAUUCAUAACACCAUCUGGUAUUUAUAUUUUAAGAGCCAGCAUAAAAAAUGAAUGCAAAAACGAUUCAGAUGCAAAUUUUAUCACAUCCAUGAUAGCAGAUAAUUGCAAAUGCCAUUAUCAUGGAAUAUUACAUGUACCUAUAAACCCAGAAUAUAUUACAUAUCUAAGCAUAUACAAUAAGAUUCAUAUAUAUAGAUAUUCGGCGGGUAAAAGUAUAUCGUUUACUAUAAAUCCUAAAUCGACAUAUGUUGAAAUAAAUACUGUAUCAAACCAUAUGGUCCUGAGGAAUCAGAAUUUCGUACAAGGCUAUGUAUACAAAGUUCAAUACAAAUGUUUGCCGAAUAAAACCAACCUUGGAUUCAUGGAAACCGUUAUAGCAGAUGAGAAUAUUUCGAAAAUCGAAAUACCUAUUUUGAUUCCAAAAGAAAAUUUUAAUUAUCGAUUAUAUGAAUACCAUGUUACCAAUUCUAUUGAUAUAACAUGCUCUAUAACUCCUAUGCAAGAAAUUUGGGGAUUUCACGAUGAAUUUAUAUUAAAAAUAAUUAAUUCAUAUCCCAAAGUUUGGGGAUUAUCCAAUAUAUUGGAUUAUAAAAUACCAUGUGCCGUAAAUAGGAGUUUAGAGGAUGGCUUUUAUAGAAUAACCCCCAAAUAUAACAUCGCCGCAUCUAUCGCUGAGGCCCAAAGGGAAGAGUUAAUGGCAUUAUAUUCGGCAUUAAUAUUAAAUCGCAUCAAUUCAUUAGAGUUUACUGGGUUUUAUUUUUAUGACAAAGAAGAAAUUAAUGAUUUUUUCAAUAGUUUUGGCAUUACUCUUCAGCUGAAGGAUAUAUGGAUAAAUCCCAUGUCUGAUUGUGCCAUAAAAAUGUAUGGACAUGAAAAAAUGCAAAAGGCAUACAACGCGUUAUACUUGGAUCUGAAAUGCAAAUUAGAAUUAUACAUUAAUUUAAGCGAACGAAUUGUAUCACAUCUAUGGGAUAUGAAAUCUUUGUAUGAUAAGGAUAUAAUCUUGGAGGCAAUUGACACUUUUGAUAAAUUGACAUUAAACAAUACUUGCGUAGAUUCCGCAAUAGAAUUGGCCAUAAAAAGAGUUUCGAGGGACAUUCCCCAAGAUUCAAUUAAAAAAUUAUUAUUUCCACCAAUAAUUUCGGGAGAAUAUAUCAAAUGGAAUAUACACCUAUCGAAUCAGUUGGAUGAAUGGAAAAGCGAAAUUAAGUCAUUUUUUGACAUAAAAAUAGGUGUUUUAAAUUCAUUUUCAAUGUUGACUUCGUCUUACGCAAUAACAUUGGAUUUUACAUUAUCAUGCCUAGGUAAUAGUUUAAGAAGAUUAUCUAACGAGUUUAAUCUUCUAUAUAUACUAAAUGAAAGUAAUGUCAGAUAUAAAUUAACGCAUAUAGUUAUAACAGAAAAAUCUCUAAUCUCCAGGAAAAAUGAUUGGAAUAUACCAUCAAACUAUAUGCAUACAACAUCAUUUAAUGCAUUAAUGGGAUAUGUAAAAAUCAAAUACCCUUACGAUUCAUUGGAUACAUGGUAUCCUGCCUUUUUGAAUUGGAAACCUCAUGGAAUAAUAUUUGAUGUGAUAAAUGUAGAUCAAGUUUACGUAAAAUUUACGGAUAUUUCAUCAUUAGAAAUUGAUUGUGACUUUGACGAUUGUGAAAACGAACCUAGUGUUUUCAAUGGAUUAUUUGAUUCAGAAAAAAUGAAAAUAUUAUCAUUAACGUGUAAAAAUAAUUCAUUCAAAACAAUUGACAUCGAAUCCUCUGAUAAAGAAAAUGUUUGCGCAAUGAAAGGAUUUGUAUACCAAACGGUUGAUAAUUACAAACUGUACUUCAAAACAACAUAUUCAAAUAGCAGGUGCUUGGAAUUGAUAUUUGAUGAGUAUACCAGAAAUUCAAAGAUUGAGAAUGACAAUUUGAUUAUUAUGGAAGUUAAAGAUAAUAAAAAAGGGCUAAAUAAUAUAAAAAAAGACGAAAUAGGAUCAAUCAAAGGAUAUAUUCAAGAAUCUCACAAUGGGUCUCUUAGUGAUAUCAUUGACAAAGGGGAAAGUAUUGAGAGUGAAUUGGGACCAAAUGAAAGUGUAUCUGAAAUUUCUGUCUAUAACUAG